GUCGUUUGUUCGUCAUUUAACGCCGUUAAAGAAGGACGUUCGUACGGUAUCGCGCGGACGUAACAACGCUUUUCUGUCGUUUCUUGGCCAAAAACAAAAACAAAAUGCAAUAAAGCACAUGCAAAGCGAGUAGGAAAUAAAAAAAAAGAAAAACAAAAACAUGAAAUGAAUUGAAAUAAAAUUUGUGGCAGCAAAAAACAAGUGCAAAGCAGCAUUCAACAAUGAAUAUAAUUUGAAUUUUAAUAUUAAUUAUCUUUCUAAAGUGCUUAAUGAAAUACUGCUGCUCUUAUCAGUUGGGCAACUAAUAGAAAUAUUUAUAAACUGUUGCAGCUGUGUUGUUGCAUUGCAUUUGCACUGCAUUUGCACUGCAUUUGCACUGCAUUUGCACUGAUUUUGUGCUUUUACUUUUCGGUGCGAAAGUGAAAUUAAUUAAAACUAAGAAUAUAAUUUAAUUAAAAUUAGUGCGUAAUUCAAGAUUUGUAGAGUUUUUGGCUAGCGUUUGCGGUUGUUUUGCGAUUUUUUUUUAUUUAAUGGUCUUUUCCACUGUGCGAACAUUUUUCCGUCGCGCGUGCUGAGAAUGUAAUUAAAAUAGUAAUCAUAAUUAUUAAAAAGGCUUACCCUUUUUCAAUAAAUGUAUGCAAUUUAAGAAAACACCGAGAAAAUGUAUUUAACGUGACACAUAUCAACGAAUUUUUCAUGGAAUAAUCAAUAGAAAUAGUGAACAAACGAUAUAUAUACAUAUAUAUACGAAAGUUAGAUCUUAAAAAAAUAUUUAAAAACAAAAUUGCAAAAAAAUAAAAAAAUAAAUAUACAAAUUCUCAAGUGUAACGAGAAAAAUACCAAAAAAAAAUAAAUAAUAUCGUAUCAACAGACUCAGUAGUAGAUUGUAUGACUUACGAACUACAAAUAAAUACAAUACAAACGAGUUCAAAGCGCAGAUGCUACAACAACACUACGAGUAAAAGCUUAAAAUAUAAUAAUUUCGAGAAAUACUAACAACAAUAAUAAUAACAAAAAUGUUGUCAUUCUAUGCAAAUUACGUGGCACACACGUCUCGACAGACGCCCACAAUGGAAAUAACGUUUGCCAAGCUGCUUGAACUUAAUAUGCCAUAGAAAGAAAUGUACAACAACACUAAUAAACACACUGUAUUUCACCAACACUGUAGUGAUGAAUGUGUGAAAAAGUGUAAAUGUCAUGACGUUUAUUUAUUGUCUACGACAAAACCACAAAAGCCGAAAAAUAAACAACAACAACAAUAACAACAGCAACAACUAGUCUGAAUAGUUAAAUCACACACAACAAGUAAAGAAGAAGAAGCAGCAGCGCUUCAACUAUUUAUGUUCAUUUAUAUGUGUGCGUGACACGUUGCGGUGUAACAAAAGUAACAACAAUAAUUCAUACAAUAACAACAACAACGCCAGCGAGUAAAAGCAAUAUUAGCUUCAAGGACAUUGACAAGCUGAGCAAUCACGAGGCAGGAUAACGUCGCAAACGAGUGGCCACGAAGUUGAUAACCGACAGUAUAACUGUAAGCUAACGGUAUACCAUAGAUAUAUUUGAAUCCGUGUGUGUUCUUCAUACAACUUUUUCGCUUUAUUGCUUGAGUGUGGCAAUAAAAGUGGCAAGAAGAGAAGUAGAAAGCAACAAAGUCUGUCAUCGAUACGGUUGAAGAAUUUAGUCACCCUGUUGCUUGGAAUUCAAUAGCACACCGACAAAGGCAGCUUAUGACUUAGUGCAUAUAUACAAGAUACUUUAUAUGUAUAUAGAGAAACAUAUAUAAGCAAAGACCGCGUGUGUUGUCGGCAUUUGUUUGUUGUUUUGCACAUAGGAAGAAAGCUCGGCAAGUUAGCCUUGUGCUACAAUUUCUCAAAUACACACAUACAUAUAUACUUAUAUAUAUAUAUAUAUGUACAGUUAUCACCUAGUGUGGCUUACGACAAUGCGACGUCGCUAAUUUCAAUAUAAAUAAAGCUGUACAACACAGCAACCAAGCAAUGUAAGGACAAAAACAAAGAAAACCAAGAAUACACAAGCGAAUAACCACCCACUCUGCUACAACAACAACAACAACAAAGGUGAACUAAAAGCGUUCAAUACAAACAAAACUGCAAUAACAACUUACCACCAAACGAACAUCUUCACUACAAAACAACAAACAAUAAAAAACAAAAGCAACAACAACACUAACAAAAUCAACUUCAAAGCUUUAAGGAUUAAGCAAGCAUUAAUAUCGAUCAGUUACAAAAGACAGCAACAAAUAAACCACUGGCAGCAGGAGAAAGUAGUCAUAACAACAACAACAACAGAAACAAAAAAGAAAAACGAAAACAAUAAUAAUAACAAAAACGUUAUUAUUAACGUCAUACGUCGCCACUAAAACGUGCAACGAACAGACAGCGAGCGCACGUAACAACAACAACAGCAAAUAUACACUUACACAUAUGACUGUAUAUUAGCUUAAAAUUAGAGUCUCUUGUAGAAACACCUAUACAGCUGACAAACACGCGUUAGUAGCAGCGCAUCGCCUGCGCCUACCCGAACAAAUAGCAUUUCAACAACAACAAAAUGGCACGACGCAAAGGAAGCGGAAGAGGAAAGUCAACAGUGAAUUCACGAAAAUCGGCGUUGGAGAAUGCGCGCGAGCGGCUCAAAGGUGAGUGUAUAGAAGAUAUUUUUCAACUUGUAUGUGCCUAAAUAAAUUAAAUAAUUGCAUUAAUUUGGUUGAACGCAAUUCAAUGAGGGUGGGAAGAAUAUUUUGUUUGUUUAAAAAAUCAAAAAAUAAAAAAUAGUAAGGGAUAGCUAACUUCUGGCGGAACUGAAUAAUAAAUACUAGUGGAAAUUGUAGUAAAUAUUAAUAGAUAUUUAAAGACACGCUGAUAAAUUUAAAAACUCAAUAAAGAAUUUAUAUUAUUGAGCGACGUACGUACGUCAAAAAAAUUCAACAAUAAAUUUCCGAGGUAAUCGGUAACAGUAUUUUUAGCCGGUAAAUUAAUGUAAUCGGCAUCAUUUUUUCGGGUGUAACUGAACAUUUUAUACUCUCAAUUUAUUUAUUUAAUUUUAUUACGAUAACAAACAAUUUGAUAUUCGGCAUAUAUAUGGUAUAAAGUCCAUUGAAAGUUUGAUAAUCCUAAUAUUAAGUAUAUGGGAGUUAGGUGAAGUUAUGACCCCAUUUCACGUAUUUUAGGCACGGAGACAUUAUAUUAGAAAAAAAAUAUUCCCUCUGAAUUUAUUCAAAAUAUCUGAGAGAUUCACCUCUAUUUUCGUUAAAAAAUGUAUUCGAAGCUCUAAGGUUCGAUGUAUGAGGCCUUGAAUACUUAUGGUCCGAUUUUGGCGAUUUUUAGAAGAGCGAUGCCACACUAUAAAUGCAGUAUUUGUGCAAAGUUAUAUUCCGAUAUCUGCACUGGUGCUUCCUUUAUAUAUUGUAAAGUAAACGAUUCAGAUUGGCUUCAAAGUUCUGGUAUAUGGGAAGUAGGCGUGGUUGUGAACCCAUUUGGCCUAUUUUCACAACAUAUAAUUGGGAUGCAAGGGAAAUAUUACAAAUCGAAUUUCAUUGAAAUUGGUCGAGUAGUUUCGAAGAUAUGGUUUUGCGCCCAUAAGUGGGCGGAACCACGCCCAUUUAAAAUUUUGCUUACAAUUUUGAAUGCAGCUCUUCUGUGCCUUCUUUAUAAUGAAAUUUAAGGCUUCUGUUAGUUUUCCUUACUGAAUUAAAGCAUUUUUAGUAGUUUUCAACAUAACCUUUGUAUGGGAGGUGGGCGUGGUUAUAAUUCGAUUUUCUCCAUUUUUGGACUAUAUAAGGAAAUACCUAAAAAGACGACUCCUGAAAGUUUCGUUGAUAUAGUUUUAAUAGUAUAGAUAUGAACAAAAAACUAAGUAUGGGCCGGGGCCACGUCCACUUUCCCAAAAAAAAUAUUCUGAAGGAUAAUUUAAAAUAAAGCGCUCAAAAGCUGAAUCUUGGGUAACACUUUCAUUUCCAACAGAACAAUGGCUACAAUCGCACUGUUCACGAAGCGUGGAUUUGGAUCAUAUACAAUGUGUCUCAAAUUCUUUCGACUCCUCCACAGUCUCUAGACCUAAAUCCCAUAGAACACGCCUUGGUAGGCGUGUCAGUAAACAAAAUAUUACUAACAAAUCUCAACUAAAAGAUGUUCUUCACUAAGAUUCAUCAUAUAUAUGUAUACCUUUACAUACUGGCCAUGUCGCUUCCUUAAUACCUUAUAUCUAAUAUAUAAUAUGUAUACUAUGUGUGAAUAAUUUUACUUUCGCUUCCAAGAAUGUGUUUCAUAUCAGUUUGUUGUCGAUAAAAGUAAAAGUUAUCAUGCAAUUCAUAAAUAUACAUAUACUCAAGGUCAGCAACUCAAUACUAAAAACAACAAGGGACACAAGUAGAUAAAAAAAUCUAUAGAAACAAAUUUAUUUGAUUAGAAAUUUCAACCAAAAUUGUUUAUGUAUAGGUAUACAAAAGAUUUGCAUAUUUGAGUAGCUUUCAGUGUUUUCCUAAAACUUUUUGACAGUAUUAUGACAGCAGAAAGGAUUAAUACCAUAACCACAAACACAUAUUGGAAUUAAUUAACUGUAAAUUAAUCGCUACAUAAGCUUCGAUAUAGGCAUAUAUGGAGAUUACUACUAAAUUUCGGUUACAUAUUAUAUAAAUAUAUAUUCAUGCAUACCGCUUAUCCUUUCCACAUAACAAAAUCAUUUCCGCAGCAAAAGUGCCAUAAAUUCAGCAUAGUCUUACAUUUCUUUGUUAGAAGCUAAUGAAUUACCUCGUCUCUACGGCAACCACAAAUCGAAAAUUUCCAAUAAAAUCAUUAGAAAGGAAAACAAAUACUGUUAAUCAAAUAUAUAGUAUAUAUGUAUGGCUGAAUUGCUCUAUAAACACACAGAGACAAAGCGCUUCGCUGUUUCAGCGCGCAAAUGCGAAAAUGAAAAGCUAUUAGAAAUUCCAUUGAAAAAUUGUACCUACGCUCCGCCGCUAGGAAAUAAAUUAAUUGCAUAAAUUCCAAUGAACGCCAGUGCACACCACCCACCCUUAACCAUUGGCAGAAUUUGAAGGUCGACACGUCAUCGCGAAAUGAAAAUGCGCGAACUAACAUACGAACGCUGUGUGCGCCACUUGGUGGGUUGGUGGCUUGGUAUGCCAGAGCGGCGUAUUGGCGGCUAAUAUUUAUUACAGUACAUACUUGUGUGUGUGGAACAAUGGGGUGUGUAAGCUAGACAGUGCUUCCAGGUGUUUUGCGAAAUUAACGGUAUGGUACAUAUAUACAUACAUAUAUACAAUUGAGUGUAGUAGAUGUUUGCAAAUUGUAGGGAAUAAAAGUAAAAUUAUCUGCUUGUUAUCUUUUUGCCGGCGAUUAGAUUUAUGUGUGCGAUUGCAAAUUGAAGCACAUACCUUAUCUCAGUGUCGUUAUUUUCACCGCCACUGUACAUGUAUUUAUAUUUAUUUUUGCCAAGCCGAUUUUAUAAAAAUUAGACAGUGUGUUACUCACCUACUUAUGUACAGCUGUUUCGCAUGUGCUUUGUUGUGCAGCAUUUUGUGAGCGUUACGUAGUUGAUGUGAUGAAAUGACACUAAAAAUAAAUUAAAUCACUCAUUACUUAGAUAUAUAGUAUAUAAAAUAGACACAAUAAUUUUAACUUUUAAUUGCCAACAAAUUUUUGGCUGAUUUUUUCAUUUGCAUUUCGUAGAGUGUAUUUAUAGUUUAAGAACUGAUACGACUAACGAAAAUAUAACAAAUACAAGUGAAAUUUAAAAUUAAUUAUAUAAAUAAUCGAUUAACUUUUGUUUUAAGAAAAUGUAAUCGCUUAAUUAUAAUUUUUAUCUCACAUAUAGAACGACAUAUACCGUAAUGACAGAAAUCUUUAUAUUGGGUAUAUAGGAACUAGGAGUAAAUAUGGACCCCAUUUGGACUCAAUAGUACAUUAAACUCAAGAAGGCAUACUUAUUUCGUUCCAGAAUAUAUAUAUAUAUAUAUCAGGAAACAAGUAAGGAAGAACUAAAUUCGGGUGUCACCGAACAUUUCAUACUCUCGCAAUUUAUUUAUUUAAUUUUAUUAACAUAACAAACAAUUUGACUCACAUAUUCGGCAUAUAUAUAGUAUAAAGUCCAUUGAAAGUUUGCAAACCCUAAUAUUAGGUAUAUGGGAGCCCGAUUUCACUCAUUUUUGGCACAUGAACAUAUUAUUAGAAGAAAAAUAUUCCCUCUGAAUUUGUUCCAAAUAACUGUGAUACUAAGGAGAAGCACUCAGGUCCUCAUAUUCAAUAUAUAGGGUCUUGAAAACUUAUUGACCGAUUUCGACGAUUUUUAGAAGGGCGUUGCCACUCUUUAAAUAUAGUAUUUUUGCAAAGUUCUGUCCGAUAUCUUUACUAGUGCUUACAUUAUACAUAUACACGUAUUGUAAAGUAAACUAUUCAGACCGACUUCAAAGUUCUGGUAUAUGGGAAAUAGGCGUGGUUGUGAACCGAUUUGGACUAUUUUCACAUCAUAUCAUUGCGAAGCUAGGAAGAUAUUAUGAACCAAAUUUCAUUGAAAUUGGUCGAAAAUUGGUUCGGAGAUAUGGAUUUUGAAACCUAAGUGGGCGGAACCACGCCCAUUUAAAAUUUUGUAUACCAUUUUGAGUGCAGCAGUUCUGCACCAUCUUUAUAACGCAAUUUAAGGCUUCUGGUGGUUUUCCAUACUGAAUUAAAGCAUUUUUAAUAGUUUUCAACAUAGCCUUGGUAUGGGAGGUGGGAGUGGUUAUAAUCCGAUUUCCUCCAUUUUUGGAUUGUAUAAGGCAAUACCUGAAAUAAAUGACUCUAGAAAAUUUCCUUGAUAUAGCUUUAGUAUUUUGCUCGCUCACUUCCCCAAAAAAAGUUACAUCCACAUAUACCCCUUUAUAGUGCGAUCCUUCAUACUAAAUUUUACUUAAAUAGCUUAAUUUGUGGCUUAGUUAUAGCUCUUUAUAUGUUUUCGGUUAUUGCCAUUUUGUGGGCGUGGCACUGGUCCGAAUACGCCUAUUUUCAAACUUAAUCUUCUUUUGGUGCCAAGAAAUACGUCUUCCAAGUUUCAUCAAGAUAAUCGGAAGACACCAAAAUCCGCAUAUUUUGCCAUAUGAGAAGCUAAGACCGUCUUAAAAGAGAAUUCCCGCAUUUCAGAGACGCUUUUUGGACUACAUUUCGAUAUCUUUGUUAGGUCCCUCAAUACAAGUAAAUUGGAUGAAAUUCUAUAUUAAAAACGACUUUUAUGGAAAAUAAGUGUUAUUGUGAAGGGAUUAUUUGCCAUUUUGAAAUUGAAUCAAAGAGUUAUUUCGUGAUUCGCAAGAAAUUCUAAUAUAUCUGCUUCCGUACAUCCACAGUGAAUAUGGUUCCACAUACGAAUUUUUCAACCUAAUUAGUUACUGAGUUUUAGUCUCUUUUAUUACAAUCGGUUAAUAUAUAUUCCAAAAUAUCCGAAUAACUGUUAAGUUAUUGAUUCGGAAGACGAAGUUUCUUUCGUUAUUAAGAUCAUUUUGAGAGUAAUAAGGUUUGGUUUUAAACUGCUAACGUUUGCAAUAGAAGAGCGUUUCGCUCUCCAGAAAUCCACAAAAGAGAGCGAAAGGCGAGAGAGUUAAGAGUGAAAAGAGUUGUUGCUUAAAUUUUAGAGAAUAAAAAAUACAAAAAGGAACGAAGAGAAAGAAAAGAACGAAUGAAAAAAUAAGCGACUAAAAAUGGAAUAGAGAGUACUAUCCAAGUUUUGAAGCUUGAGUCAAAGUCAUUUUAUAUCUUCAAAAUUAUAUAGUUAAUCUACAAUAUGGUUAUAUAUAUAGUCCAAUAUAAAUUGUUUGAAGGUGAAAAUUUUGAUCUAUUUUAGGAAUUGUUCCAAAUAUUUAUAUUUCAAAUCGCGUAACACAAAAAAUGUCCGCUUAACUACAUACCAUACAUACGAUACAUAGUUGAAGGAUAUUUUAAAACAAUUUUAAAAUGAAAAUGAAUACAAAUAAAAACUUUCAUGGGCAUACUUACACUAAAUUACACUUAAUAAAGUUUCAAAAUUAUGAAUACAAAUGUCAUAGCAAGCGAAUGAAAACUCUUACCUUAUGAACAAUUCAUUUAUAAUUUGAGGAGAUUCCCGGGAAAACCCCAACCAACUACGAACAAUCACUUCUCUUUUAGGGAGAUUCCUUGGUAAAACCCAUGCACUAAAGCACCUUUCAUUUGCACUCAUAAUAACGGACAUUCAGCGAAACACUCGAACACGAAAUACAAUGCGCACAAAUAAACACAAUAAAUUCAAUAUAAAAGGGGAUUCCUAGGUAAAACCCAGAAAGCAAUAAAUAGACAGCAAAGACCUUGUAACAAGUGCACUUAGCACGCAGGUAUGCACAAACACUUGUACAAAGCAAAGCAAAGCGGAAUGUGUGCGGAUUGAACGCGCGCACUGACCUCAAGCACUUGACCCGAACCCGCCAAGUGCAGCUCACUUGCAAUAUAUGCCACAAAGCAUUGUUAAUCCAUUUAACGUCAACAACCAGACUGCAAUUACAACAAAGCCGCCAAAGCAAUUUACUGCCACACACACAGAAACAAGCACUUUGUAAAGGUGUGGUAGAGCAUAAAGCGAAAUAGGAAGAAGAAGAGCAAUGAAAUGUGUGAAGUGCACACUUCCAGCCCUUUUUACCUGCACGCCAAAGACAGUGAAGUGCUUGGCGUGGCAAUAAUAAAAAUAAGCCAAAUACAAAUUAUUCGGAAUUUUGUGGCGGCAAAGUGUGUGAGGGCCAGUGACACCUAAGCACUAGGUAGUUGCAUGCAACAAGGUACUUGACAGUUAUUUACAAAUCUGUUUACCUUUAGCUGCGCAACUAUCUCUUUCUGAGUGUUUAAGAAAACAAUGUUCAUCGCUCUUGGCUGAGCGGCGUUGAAAAAUUAUGGAACAAGUGCAGUUAUGCGGAUCGUGAGAUUACCUCUUUGAUAUUAUUGAUUUAACAACUAAAUUGUUGUUUUUGUAAGGAAGUGCAAUAGAUCAUUUUGAAAGUAACACCUAAGUUCUUAUCAUAACAGUAUUAACUCAGAGAGAGAUUUUAUACUUUUGGUCAAUCUCUCGACACUGAGACUUGAAAUUGGUUUUAGAUAUAGAUACCGUUAUAGAUUGUUUUACAAUAUAAGGGUUCUUGAAUUCCUAGUUCAAGACCUUAAAACCUUAUCGAUUUGAAACCUUCAUUCAAAACACUCGAUGACAUAGACCGAAAUUUUUAUAUUUUUUUGUCCCUAAGAUACCUUUUCCACCUCCACUUACUUUAGAAGAAUAACCGCAAUAACUUACAAGUGAUUUUGUGCUUUCAUCUAUGGGAACCAAGAACUUUCUACUCAGGUUUCGAGUCAACUUGUCCAGAUUUAUGUAAGUGUUUGGCUUUCUUCGUAGGUUUUUUUGGAGCAAGAGAAAUUGAUUUCUGAAUUCUCUCCUCAGAUCAAAAUUACUAUUGUUUUCUAGGCUAACAUAGUAUUAACCAUAUUAUUUCUUCUCCAAAAAUGGAAAAUUAAAUUCAUGUCAUGAUAACUUCGUAGGUUGAAAAAGAAGCUCAAAUAAUGCCAACGAAAGGUGUAUGACGACUAUUAAAGAGUUUUUUCAGACAAAGUCAAAACCUUCGAUUGAGUCACUAUUUGAGGUAUCUGGUUCAUUGUUUCCCGAGAGUAAGAAUGCUCAGUGAUUCAUAAGAGCCAUACUAACUUAUCUGUCGGAGCAAAAUGUCUUUACUAACGAUAUUGGAACAUUAUUUCGGUACUAAUAUCAAGAACUUGGUUGAAAUAUUUGUUGGGAUCAUCGAAAAUCAAUCCAGAAUUUCGAUCCCAGAUUCAUCUUCAACAAUGUUGAGAGUAUCAAUUCAAGAAUUCCAACUACUUUGUAGUUGCUAGUAGCAAGUAACAGAACUUGUAAACAGGACUUUUUAGUUUCAGGCCCACAUAAUGAGACUGAGCUAUACAUAUUCCAGUCAUAUAGCUUUCUUGGCGUAUUGUAGAUGGCACCAAGUCAUUGACUGCAGUCAUUGUAUUUCUUAAGUUCAUUGACUACUACUGAUGAAAUCGUAGUGACCCAGGAAGUUUCAAAAGCUCUAAAUAAUUCUUAAAAGAGGGAGCACUUUACACCAAAUGGGUGUAGACUAUUAAAUCUUUAGCCUAAAAUGGACAGGCGUCUGCGCCGCGCUGCGCUCAAUUGAAAACUCAAUUUGCGCGAAAUUCCAAUGAAUCUCCACUUCAGCAAAAAAUGGAAAACAACAAAAACAAUAAUCACAAUUUACAAGUAAAAAACAUAAAAUCCAAUCAAAUCAUUAAUGAUUUCGAUUUUUGUUUUUGUUUUAUUUUUGCUGCAUAUACACAACAAUAAGGUAAUAAAUAAACGAAUAAUUUAUUUUCCGCCAGUGGCCACAGACAAGCGGCGCGAUCAACCUGAUUGUGUCGAAGCGAUUGCCCAGUUUGGUCACUGAUCGGCGGUGAAUGCCAAUGAUUGGCAAUAAGUAAGUAAAAUAAUACGUAUGUGAGUGCGAGUGUGAGUGAAGGCACACAUUUUUUAGGCGAACAAAGUUGUUAAAAUGCGUGAAGCAGCGGUACAGCGCGGCGCGGCGGCGGUGGCGCAAACAAUAUUGGCGAAGCAAGUCGAGCAACAGCUGUACACGACAGACAGACUUGUAUAGAACGGGCAAGUGCAUAAUAAGAAGCACGGCAAACCAGCUUACAAGCAACAGCCACAACAACAAUAAAAACACAAGACGACACACACUGCAAGUGGCGCAGCUUUGCGGCGGUAAAAAACGCGGCCACAGUCAAUCCGCAAACAGUCAGACAACGCGCGCUGGCCGAUAAUCAACGACCCGGGCCACGGCAACAAUGCGCGCAUACACUGAAAUACUUGCGCAUACGCCGCGCGCAACAGCAUGUGCAACACAUAACUUGUUGGCGACGCAAGUCUGCGAACACCAAUAUACCACCACCAGUGUGCCGCGUCGCUCCACCAGUAUGCGCGCGUCUUCGAAACGCUUUGCCAGCCGCCGCGCGCUUACAAACUGUGUUAAUAGAGGUGCGGCAAGAAGCCGGCGUAUGCGUUAAGUGUGCGCCGCAAUGGCGAUUCCCAAACAACAAAAACAACAAAAGUUGUUAUAAACGUUCAAACAAGAAAAUUAAAUGAAAGCAAAAAAACAUUACCGGCAAUAACACCAAUUUAAGCGAACGCGCCGCUGGCAAUGCACACCUCCGUCGCCAACAUUUACGAGUAUUUACAGACACGCCAGCGCGCUGACAUUCCCAUUGAAAUGAGCGACGCGCGCACACACACACUCACGUGCUCCGGCGCGCAUACUUUUUUAGUUGCGGUGGCAGUAAAAAAUCAAAAUAAAUAAACAAAUCUCAGGUCAGCGCUGCAGAGCGCGCCAUGAAAUCGGGCACGUAACGAACGCGCCUCAUGGAGUCAAGACAGAACAACCUUUUUAUACCGCUACACACAUACAGACAGUGGGUGCAGAUGUAAUGUGCGGAUCAUUGAUCGGUUAUAGGAAGCCAAUCGCAUUUUUUUGUUUGAGUUUUCCUUUUUGAUAUCACGACGCUUAUGUAGCGCGUCCAGCGCUUUAACGUUGAAACGGAAACGAACCGGCAGUCGAUUACAAAAGCAGCGCACAAACAAAGAUCGAACAACUGAUCGAUCGAUUGAAUGAGUUCAAGCGGCUGCUCAAAUAAAGUGUUGGCGCGGCAGUGAUGUGUAUAUAUGUAUAUGUCUUGGCAGAGUGAAUGAGUGAUUGAGUGAAGUAGUCACAACUGAUCGGCGGCAGCGCAACAGACAACCAGCUGCGGGUGAAAAAUAGUAUAUUUCAGUAACAAGUCGUUGUCAAAGCUCUGUACAAAUAAAUAAAUGUUAGACAUAUGUUUGCGAUGAAACAUUUUCUGAUCUCAUGCAGCCGAUCGUUGUUGAUAGAUCGUCGAUGGUUGCUGACAGAAGAGAUGUGAUCUACAUCAUCAUCAUCGAAGUGAUCUGCAUUGCUAACGAAAUGAUCUUCAGAAAGAAGCUCUAAUAAUAUAUGGGUUGCAGUUCGGUAUACACGAAAGAGAUUUGAUCGUUUAGAAAGAAGUGAUCUACAUUGCGAUCCAUGUGAUAUUCAGAAAGAAGAUCGUUCAAAUGACGGUGACGAGGUUUUGGUGGUUCACUUUGGUUCCAAACCAUGUACUCUCAGAAAAAGUUGUAUUGUUUAGGGAUAUUGCAAAAAUUAAAUGAUCUACUUUGUCAUCAGAAUGAUCUUCGAAUAGGUGAUCUUUCAGAUUAAAGCGUAGAGGUUCUUAUGAGUAAUGUAUGUCUCAAUAAACUUGGUAAGAUCAGUUAGUUAUUCUUCUGAUCAUUCUGAAUGUAUGAAAUAGUAAAACACAAAAAGUCCAACCGAGAGCCUUAUCUAAAGAAUCACUUAUAAACUCAACCGACCUCCAUCCACUGAAAUAAUCAGAGUGAUUUCUCGAACAGAUCUAAUGGUAUAGAGAUUAUUAUAAGACAAAUUAUAUCUCAUAUUCGAAUGAACUUAAAAUAUAUUUCGAGCGCUAGCCACCACAAACAACUAAAGAGAUUGUGUAAUAAAGAUUUGAAAAAAAAAUACAACAUUGAUAAUGAGAUCAUUGAUCACCGAUCUGGAAUAUUCCUGUAAUCUUAAUGUCUGCCACACAUACAUAAUUAUGUAUAUAAAUACAUAUUAGUGCCAUUAAGAGAUAGUGAAGCACCUACUUACUGUGGUGCACUGAUAAAGACCUGACGGAAAACACAUUUUCAUUGAUCAGCGAUCACUGAUCUACACACAUCUUUCACAGCGCACAUGAAUAUACACAGAAACAAGUUGAAAAAGUAGUAUGAGUAUAUACUAUACAUAUGUAUGUAUGUACUCAGAUAUGACUAAACGACUACGUCAUACGCACAUUCAUUCACUAUUUACGGCUGUAAAAACGUCAUAUUAAUCAAACCAGUUUAUCAAAUGCGGUCAUUAAGUGAUCACACAUCAAUGUAUGGCCGUCUGUGUAUAUAAACCUGUGUUUGAUCAUUGAGGCGAUCGUAUUUCAUAGCAAUGGUGAAGUGUUGAUACGAGAAAGAAAGGUGUAAAAGCUUUUUCCAUUAAUAUUUUUAUGGUAUUUGUUGUUUUUGUUACGUUGUUAGUGCUUGUAGUGUUCAUAUGUAUUUUUAUUUUACACAUGUCUGUUUAACUACCUUGAUUGAUGUUAUCAGUCAGUCAAGUACUUUAUAUAUAUCUAAGUGUAUAUCAAUACAACUGUAUAUAUCUCUAUAAGUAUGUACAACAGUUUGUAUUUACUCAAACUAAAUGGCCUAAACAAACAUUAUCGCAGCGAUAAUCUCACUGUCAAUGGCUGUUUAAUGGCACAGCUAUGAAAAUAUUGUCACCGUUCAGCGUGGUACAUCAAGUGUGCUUCAGAUAUACACCCGUAGCUAUCACUUGCUUGUGUUGAAAUUCUAUUUUUAAACCCACGCAACACACUGGAGAGAGUAUAUUGAUUAUGUGAUACCUUAGAAUAAUCGCGAAAGAUAUAAAGUUAUAUAUCUAAGUGAUCCGAUUGAUGGAACAAAUUGAGAUUUUGAUAUAUUGGUACUAAAAUCCGAUAACUGCCACGCCCAGAAACCAAAAUUAUUAACUUACAUAUUAAUUAUUUGAGAUUAUAAUUUUCUAAUGUAAAACAAGGCGAUACAUAGAAACAUAGAGAGGAUACAUGAUUUAUGAACCUCAACAAGGACAAUCCAUAUUAUGGCAUGUCUAAAUGCUUAAUAACUGCACCCACCGACUAUAAAACGUCAUUUUUGAAAAAUAAAGCUGUAAUGAUUAUUGUCUGAGAAGCACAACUAAACAGAAAAACUGAUAUAUUCGUAGUUAGCUAAAAGUUUUGACAAUCGACAUAACACCUCUUUGAUGAAAUUUUCAAUAUCAUAAACUACUCGACCAAUUUUAAUAAACUUUGGUUUAGAGAAUUACUAUGCUGCAUACACUUCGAAAUGUGAAAGAAUUGGGCCACUUCCCCUAUAAUCCCAUUUUGAAAAUAAGUAUUUUUUCAAUUGAUCUCUUAAUGAAAUAAAAGAAUCCGAUCCUUGACUUUGCCUAACUCCCUUAAACCGAUCGUUGUCUUAUCCGCCCCUAUUUGCUUCAUUUCAUACCCCUCACAUUUAUACGACUCGGGAGAUUGUUCUAUGCUCUGUUCCACUCUUCUUCCUCUAAAGACCUUCCUUCGUUAUUAUCAUUAUGUAUCUUCCAUAAUCAAGCGCAGAUCAACUCAUUUUUGGCAUGUAUGUACUCAUAAAAGAACUCAACUCUCAAUCAUACUUCAAAUGCUACAUUCAAACCCACGAAAAUAUACAGACUGCUAACACUAUCUCAUUUAAAAAAAAUAUACAUACGAACAUGCUAACAAAAGUAUAUAUACUAUACGUAUUUAGAGCACUACACUAUACUACAAUAUAAAUGUCAAUAAUAUUAUUUUUUUAGCUGUUCAUUAGAAAGCUUCCAAAGCAACUUUAUUUAUACUAUACUUAGUACUAUUUUAUAAGAAGUUAUGUGUUUGUAUGUUAGAUUGUACAAAAAAGUUCUCUGGAAAGCACAGAAAUCCAACAUUUAAAUGCGUUUGUAGCACUUGUUAUUUUAGCUAAGUUCAAUAAUAUGUUCAGCUGUAUUAUCUGUUUACUUUCUUAUUUAUUAGUAAUCAUACUAACAUCUGAGUGUACAUACAAUAUAUGUACAAUUGAAUUGUAUUUAUGUAAGGUCUUUGUGGCUUAUUGAUAACUGCAAGCAAUUCGAAUAUAAAAUUUGAGAUUAGAACACUAGUUGAUUCCUAUUUAUUCAGGGUAUUCCCUUAAGUUUUUAUGACAAUAAUUCUGAGGUUAUGUAAUAUUUUUCCUCGAAUUAAGAUUAGCUGUAAGUGUUUAUGCGAUUAAUAAUUGCUUUCUCAUAAAAAGUGCGACAUUUAAUCAAAUUCGUUUUAAAUUUCUUGGCUGAAUUUUGGUGUUUUAUUCUCAAUGUUGGUUCUUAAAAGUUUCUAACCACUCUCUGAAGUGAGAUAAUUUGAUUUUUCGAAGGUUCUUUAUAUAUACAUUAGAUCAAACUAAAGGUGCUUUCUGGUUUCUCAAAACACUUGUAUUUAGCAGCCGUAUUACUCUCUCAGAGAUCAACACAAGAUAAUAAUACAUAAUAACCAAAGAGUCUCGGACAUUAUUAGUUAGGUUAUGUUCGAUGGCUGUUCCAAAAGGAAACACAAUUCGAAUAUUGAGAACAAACCUUUGUGAUGCCAAAAAAAUUUGCCAUUCUCUUAAACAGACCUUAAAUAGAAAAUAAUAAUUGAACUUUGAAAUUUACGAUUGCUAUAUUUAUAAAAAAAAAACAUCCAUUUAAGCCGUAUAAAUACCUUACGAUCUUCAAAUAUAACCCUCAUACCUUCAAUUUUUAUACUCUCGCAACAAAAGUUGCUAUAGUUAUUAUAGUUUUGUUCACAUAACGGUUGUUUGUAAGUCAUAAAACUAAACGAGUUAGAUAUAGGGUUAUAUGUAUAUAUCAAAAUGAUCAGGGUGACGAGACGAGUCAAAAUCCGAAUGUCUGUCAGUCCGUGCAACGGAUAACUUGAGUAAAAAUUGGGAUAUCUUAACGAAACUUGAACACGUAUUCCUUGGUUAUGAAAAUAAAAUUUGGAACAUAGGAUUGUAUUAGGGAGGGGCACAUUUGGAUGUAAUUUUUUUGGAAAAGUGGCCGUGACCCCGCCCUCAAAUAGGUUUUUUGUAUAUAACUCGCAAACCAAUAAAGCUAUAUAAACCAAAUUUUCUGCAGUUGUUUCUGUUAGCCGUUUCCUUAUACAGUCCAAAAAUGAAAGAAAUCAUAUAAUAACCACGCCCACCUCCCAUACAAAGGUUAGGUUGAAAAUGACUAAAAGUGGGUUAACUCACUAACGAGAAACCUCAGAAACACUAAAUUUUACAGAAGAAAUAGCAGAAGGAAACAGCACUCAGAUUUUAUUACAAAAUGAAAAAUGGGCGUGGCAUCGCCCACUUAUGGGUCAAAAACCAUAUCUCAAGAACUACUCGACAGAUUUCAAUGAAAUUCGGUACAUAAUACCUUCUUGGCGUCCUGAUGACACAUGAGAAAAAUGGAUGAAAUCGGUUCAUAACCACGACAACUUCCCAUAUAACUCAAUUUUGAAUUCCAUCUGAUUCCUUCACUUUAUAAUGUAUAUGUACAUAAGGAACCAAUGAAGAUAGCGGAAUAAAACUUUACACAAAUAGUACACAUCAUCUCUGGCUUCACUUGAGAAAAAAUUUUCGAAAACGGACUAUAACUUUUCAAGGCCCCUGUUAUCGAACAUGUUGAACUCCGCGUCUAAGGGUAAAUGUUAACCGAAAAUAUGAUAAAUCUCUCUGAUAAUUCAAUGUAAUUCAGAGGAAAUUGUUUACUUCUAAUAGUGUGUCUCUGUUCCAAAAAUUAUUAAAAUCGGAUAAUAACAUCUCCUAGCUCCUAUAUACCUGAUUAUAGGUUUUCAAAAAUACGGUGGGCUUUAUUCCGCAUAUAUGUAUUGGCUAAUAUGUGAGAUAUCUUCACGAAAUUUAGUGAGUGUAUAGUUUUGGAUAUAGUGUACCUAGUUGGUGAAAAUGAAUGAAAUCGGUUCAGGAAUUACCUCAGCCCUCAUAUAUCUACAUAUGACGAUUUUCGUUAUUCUAUUAAACUUUAUGCCGAAUUUAUAGGUAAAUUUGUGUGUUAUCUUAAUAAAAUUUUUUCAAUAAAUUGCGAGAGUAUAAAAUGUUCGGUUGCACCCGAACUUAGCCUUUCCUUACUUGUUAAUAUAAUUAUUAAUCUUCUGACCAUAUCUAGAAUUAAACCACAUGCAUAAGUUAGAAUUAUAAACAGAUGAUCUCUUAUAAUCAAUUAUUUGGUCGGAGCAAUCGGAUCGCGCAUCAUUAGUUAAAAUCUCAUCAGGCACGAUAUAGGAUCUCAUUACUCGAACUUAACUAGGACAAAGGACUUUGAUCUACAUAUACCUAUUUAGGUUUUGGCAUUCCAAAGUUGUACACAGGGACCAGUCUCGUAACCUACCCUAAAUUCAAAUCGGUUCAACUAAAUUAAUGUUCAUCAUCUUCCUGAUCAAAUGGGUUUUUAUGCAAAUAAGUGACCAAAUAAAUUAUAGAAUUACUUAGAAAAAUCACUAAUUAUGCUUAAAUCAUAAAUAGAAAAAAAGGGGUUCUCCAUACAAUUUUUCUAGGAAGCAUUCGAUAGAAUUAUAAUAUAUGACAAACCAAAUUUGGUGGAAUUAAACAAAACGACUUCAAAGAAAAUACAAAUUAAAUACGAAACGAAAAUUUAACUUCAAUUAGGAAUCCACACCCAAACCUACUUGGAAUUAUGUGACAUCAAUUAAAAGCCGACCACAAUUGAAUACAAAUAGCGCCGCCACAUGUAAACACACGCAAAUAAUAUAUUUUUUUCAUUUUUUAACAAAGCAGACAGCGGCAUUUAGCUAGUAGAGUGUUAAUAUGUACGUGCGGAUGUAGAAUUGAGACCUGAAGGCGGUUGGCAAAGCGCGAAACCGAAAGCCGACAAACGCAUUUUUUAUAGGAAACAAAUUAAAAGAAAAAUAGAAAAAACAUUUUAAAAUUAAAAAAAAAAAUGGAAAAAAGAAUUGAAAGAAGAAACUAAAAAAGAAUUUAAAUAGAAAAAUAUUCGAAAAAUUAUAAUAAAAAAUUGAGAAAAAAUAAAAAAUAAAAAUUUUCAAAAAAUUAAAAAAAAAUUCUUUAAAUGAACAGCCGUAACGGUGACAGCUAAUGUCUGAAAUAUAAAUAGUUCUAUAGAUUUAUAUGUUUUUAUGUGUAUGCGCAAAAAUUAACUGCCAAUAUGUCUCCAUAAGAAUUGUCACUUGCUGAAAUACUAUAUCUGUAAUUACCAAUGUAUUUAAGACUGUAUAUACUGACAGCGCAACAAAACUGGCAAAACUAGAAUUUCUUAAGCAGCCGCACACGGCGUAAAUAUGUAUAUGUAUGUUUGUAUGUAUGCACAUAUGUUUGUUGAAAAAAACUGACUAAAUUCACGCCAACCCACUACAAAUUGACAGGGAAAAGACACACACAAGAGUUAUUAUAUAUGUAUGUUAGUGUUUUUGUUGUUGUUGUCAUUUUUGCUGACCGUUUAACAUGCUGUUACAUUGCUACUUUUGCAGUUGUUGUAAUUUUUUUUUCACUUCCACUCAUAUUCUUGCUGUCUUUGCCAAUUUAGUUUUUCCACUUCAAGUUAACCAGUCUUCUACCACUUCUACCUACAAACAGACGGACAGAGUCAUAGACAUACACUAACAAACACACACACAUAAACUGGGCAUUAAUAGUUAAAUAUUUGUCGAUUUGUUGCCAUUCCACUGUUGUGUGUUGUAGCUAUUUUUAAAGCAUAGAAAAAUGGCAAGGAAUUUCGAUUGAGAGCAACAUGUGCGCCGCUCCCGCUGGCAAAAGCGUUGGCGCUGGCUGACGAUUUGGUGCAAUUUCGUACAAAAAUACGAGAAACAAGAAACAAGAAAAACAUGCGUCUGAACUCUCAGCGGUGAUCUUUGGUGGGUAUCGCAGACGAAUUUAGAACAUUUCGUUGAUCGACAUAAAGCAUUUGCAUAGUUGUAGGUUUGUUGGAAUGUGCGGAUAAAUAUUAAAAUGUGUAUUUAGCGCGCUAGAGUUGCCAUAUAGUGAUUAUUAAAAAUAUUUUUUCCCAUUAGAUUAUCACAAUGAAGACCAUUAAGUACAGUGUUCGAGUCAUCUUUAAUAAGAUAUUUAUAUUAAAGAGGAUGGAAAGCAUGUCAUCCAUUGAUCCAUACCGUUAGAGAGAAGUCCUUAUUUGGAAAUAUUGAGAUCUCAAACCAAUUAUUAUCCAAUUAUUAUCAUCCAUUGAUCCAUACCGUUAGAGAGAAGUCCUUAUUUGGAAAUAUUGAGAUCUCACACCAAUUAUUAUUUUCCGAUUGAGUAUGAGAGGACCCUAAGUCUAAUAUUUUAUUCACUUGAAAUCACUCUAAAGAGAACGUGUAACGGUUAUACUCUAACCUUACCGUUAUAACCAAUAUUUGUUGACCCUCUAAAGGGAACAAGUUUGUAUUCUAAUUGCUCUGGAUGAUUCAAAUAUCCAACAACUCUAGAGAACUGUCUGUACUUCUUCCUUGGGAUCUAAACAAAUCUCAAAUGAAAGAUUUCAGAACUGAGAUAGGUUUUCUCAGAGCACAGCACAUUUAUUAGGCCAAUCAUUAGAAAAUUAGACUUAUGUGAUAUGACAUUUUAUUUAAAAAUUAAAGUCGAAUUUCUGUUAUUUGCAUACAAGUGUGGCAACCCUGCUACUAAAUAUGAAAUAAAUUAGUUACAUUUUAUGAAAUUUUAUGCAUUUGGCAUAAUAUUUUUGUAACUUAAGCGUUAAAUAAUUCACCAUCAUUUGAAUAGGUGGCAACCCUAUACGAAAUAAAUUUUAUAUUUAUUAUAAUUCACGUUAAAAAAAAAUUUCUUAAUUUUAAUUUACACACAAAAAAAUACAAAAUUUUAAUUUCAACAAAUUUUGGCCAAGUAUCCACAUGUUAUUCUAGUUGGCAACCCUAUUCUAAAAUGUUCAAAAAUUUUUUUUCCAUCAAAUUUUUUUCUAAUCAAAUAAAACAAAUAUAUUUAAAUUCAUAACUUUGACUUUCCAUAUACAUAUGUACAUAUGUUUGUGGCAACCCUAGAACUAUGUGUUGAGUCUUCUUGAUAAUUGAAAGAAGGUUAACGCUGAACACGAGUAAAUAGUUUUUUCAAAUACUUCUUGAAUUUCUCUAAAGCUUCACAAUAAUCAUCUAUUAAAGCAGUAGUAAACCCAAAGACUCGAACCGAAGCUCAGCUUAGAGGGUUAAGGGUUUUCCUAGUAUUAUAUUUUUGUUAGUGUUUCGAUCUCAACAAGAUCUAAAUUUGUACAAAAAAGUGGGUGUAUUUCUUAUAAAAAGGAACGAUCAUAAUCAUCUAUCGUUCGGUUGUACUAUACAAUUGCAGACCUUUCAAUGGCCUUCCAAUAACAAGGCAAAUACAUAUAUAGAGCAGACCCUGAAAAAAUCUUUCAAAUCUAUAAAUCUCCUAAGACCCACACCACCUGGCAACUCUUAAGAGAUUCAUUCCUAUUACCUCAAUCAUGAGCUUAUCCGCUUAAGAACGAUUAUAGCACCCAACCGCUGAAUACUUAAAGCAUCAACGCAACGAAAACACAACGCCAGAAAACCAGUAUAAAUAUCAGCAUGCUUGUGAAUAUGAAAAAAGCGAGAAUACCCCGCUACAACACUGAAUAAGCGAACGCGAAUUGAUCGAGAGAUUGUCUACUGACAGCAGAACAUGACCUCCGCCUGCACCGCAAACACCGCGACACCGAUCAAGAGCCAAUGAAUUGCGCUGCAAAAAAUAACGUUCGACACACAACGAAAAUAGCCAGAACCAACUACGUCAAAGAACAACAAUGGCUAAGAAUAACAACAAACCGAUAUAUUUAAGAGUAUGUAUGCUCGGGCACACGAAUACUACUUAUGUAUGUGUACUCGAGUAUCUGUGUGUUGUUGAAUUGUUGGCGUUCAUGUGUAGGUACAAUAACAAAAAUUAUAUAAAAACACUGUGGUGAGGCACUUUGGCGUCUGGUUGUCGCCAACAAUUCGGCACGUCUCUACCCGCAAACGCAAAGCGAUGGUGAUGGCGGCAGCGAAAAAACGACGUAACAACGUGUCUUCGAAGUCGAACGAUUGUUUCAUACAUUUUUUUUUCUUACUUUAUUUUAAUUUUUUUUUGUUUAUUUGCUUCCUCUUCUUCUUCUCAAUUUUGUUGUAGUUGGUUAUUUUGUUGCGACUUUGUUUUGUUGCUGGCAGCGCCUUAAGUACAUACUACAUAUGUAUAUACAUACUUUUACUGAUCGUGCUGAUCAUGACAGUCAAUGAGCGCGAUCAUGACGUUGCGCUCGAUGAUCAUCAACACCUUUUAGUGCAGAGCGCGCACCCGUGAGACGUUGGGGCUGACGCGACGUGACGUGACGUUGGUACGUACAUACUUACAUAAUUGGUAGCGUUGAAUGAGUGUGCGCCGCGAAAGCACACUGUUCGUACGAUCAACUGAUCUUCAUACAUAGAUUUCGAACUUGCAUAUAUCGCCAUAUAAAUGUUUGCAUUCAAUCAAAUACAGUUGUUUAUUUACAUAAACACAGCUACAUUUGUGCCAUAGCGUAUAGCAACAGUUUGUGGCGGCAACGAGUGCGCCACUUCCUAACACUGUCGACAACGAUCAGUCGAUCAAUUCGCUCGACAAUGCACCACCAAACAUCGCGCCAACCAACGUUAAAAUAGCUACAAAUAAAUAAAUGAAAAUAAAAGCAAUGCGCCGCGCCGCACUGAACAGAAGCGCACACCGCGCGAUCGUUGACGAUCGGCGUUUAGUUGAUGAUCAGCGCGGCGGCGGCGGUGGCGACUCACUUGUUUCUUAAGACACGUCGCCUUGCUUCACACAUUUUUACUCACACACUAAGCGUUUUCAUUGCGUCGCAGCUGCUGUUCUCGCUGCGGUCUUUCUGAUUUUUUGCUGAGUAAUCGAGCGGCUGAUUGUGCGCGCGAUUGAGUGGGGGUGAACGUGUGGCGACGAUCACUUCAAUUAUUCCAUGUCAUUUUCGUAACAGACGUGCGGAUGUGUGUAUGUACACUUUCGUAUUUUUAUUUUAUAUUAUAUUGUUAUGCAUAAUUGUGGGUUGGUUGGUUGGUGGAUCGUUCGAUCUUUCGACCGUUGGACGCGUUCGUUCACUCGCUCCGUCCAUAUGUUAUACUAUUUUGCGCGAUUUUGUGCUCGUUUUUUUUGCCAUUUGAUUUGCGUUUACGUUCGCUUUAGUAUUUUUGCGCUGCCAUUCUUUGUGUUCGCUACUUGAUUUCGUAAUGUUCUAGCGCGUUUGCUCUUCUUUUUUCUUGUUUUACGAAGUGUGUUUGUGUAGUUUUCAAUUUGCAUUUGUUAAAAAAAUUCGUGCAUUUUGCUAGUCGCUUUGCAUUGCUCUCAGUGGUUCGAGGUGUUGUACUUAAGCAACAGCGUUUUGGCUGAUUGGUUUGUUGUUUGCUUAGUUCGCUUCGUUGAGCAUUUCGUUGUUCAAGUUGAUUUGUUGAGUUGUAAAUUUUAUAGAUCAUUGAGUUUGCAGUUUUGCCUGCGUGAAAUCGUGCGGUGAUUGAAUUAGAAUACUACUAACUGUAUACAUACAUCUGUCAGUAUGUUUAUUAGUUUUCAUUUUACUUUGUUAAUGAUAUCUUUGUAUGAUUCUUACAGUAACUUAAUAAAAUCUGACUGAUAUUAGCCCAGAUUGCUAAAAAUUUCUGGAUUUUUGUUUUAUGAUCUACUCAUAAAUAUGUUUUGUGGUCGCAUCGACGUUUUCAUUGAGAUCUCUUGACGAAUUUUAGUGUAGAUUACUCACCUUUUAAAUUUUAUUUUUUGACUUUCUUUCUGUUUUAUAAAACUUUCUUCAAAACACUUUCUGGUUGAGAUUUUCUUGUUCUUUAAUGAUCACUGAUCUUUUCCACUUUUUAAUGAGAUAUCGUGGUCCCUUGUACUAAAUGUGACUUUUCAUCUCUAAGCGGCCUUAUAGUAGUAGUGAAUGUAUCGUGUAUAAUUACACGAUGGCAAAUUCGUCCACCGAGUUUUGAGAUGAGAUCCAGUCCCGCGUGUAAUUUUCAAGAUUAAUAAGUGAGAAAGACCCUUAUGACAGCGUAUAUAGUAGUCCCCUUGGACCAAAACAAAAAAAUUUAUAUUUCAACUCAAGAAUAAUCACCGAUCUCUAUUGGAAAUAUUAUUUCGAGUUCAUCUAGUUUCCGCGCGAUGUUUUAUAGGUGUUUUCUCCAGGAAGCUCAUUGACCUUUAACUGAGAACUCGAGACCUUAUUUCCAAAUAUUUCCCAAUUACUGUACUAAGUUAUAACCGCCUAGUUUGAGACACUAUUUUCAAAUCAGAUAGCAUGUCUGUCACUUACAACUCUACCCACAUUAUUUCCAUAUCCUAUAACAACUAAGAGAUCCCUCCUAGAAUAUUGCUACUUUCAACAAAUUUAUACUCCCCGUAACUUAUUCUUGCUCUCAUAAAUUGCUCCGAUCGCUUUUCGAAAAUGUAUUAUACAUAAAUAUGUACGUAUAUACAUACAUAGCGCGUUAUUGCGCUACGUAAGCAAAGCGUUUUCGUUUUCAACACAACCACUUUAUCAUAUUCGUUUAUUAUCGGCUUUUGUCUUAUUUUUUUAUUUUUGUUAUUCAUUUAUAUUUAUUAGUAUUUUCUUGAUACUUGUCCACUCUGAACACAUAUCAGCAUUGCUUGCAUUGUUUUUGUCGCCGCGCUCGGUGCUCUUAUCGUUGACUCUUAAUUUUUUGUUUUUUGUCUGUCAUGUCAUUGCUGUCAUUGUUGCUAGUUCUAGCAGUUGUUCGGAUUGUGUAUUGUGUUGUCAUAUGUUAAACUCGUUCGCGGUAUAUGCACUGUUGUUUAGCGAGCGGUUAGCCACCAACAACAGGCCGUCCAACCAGUCACCAAGUCAGCCCAAGAUAUUAUUGCUUGGGGCGACGACUCGACUCGACGCUACGUUGGUCGUCGUGUUCUUCAAUAGACAAAACAAGUACCAUGUCGUUGUUGUGUGCUCGCGUCGUCUAUGAGUCUUCAGCUCUGCAGUUCUUGCGAACUGUUGUCAUUUCAGCAGUCGGCAUAUAAAGUGAUCGUCGCCAAGAACGCUGUGGCUACUGAAAGCGCUGGCAUUUCGUUCGUUACGUUCUUGUCAUUCAUUAUUGUGCUUUUAUACCGACAUUUGUAACGUCGUAUUAAUGUAAUUCUGAUUUGGUAUUCUUUUUCUGAUUUUUUUUUUACCUACAUCCGCUACGUGUUUGGAGCGCUUUGAUGAACACUUCGUCAACACGAACGCGCGGAAAAAGUGUUGAAAGAACAUUUUCUGCUCUUUUUUGCCAAUUUAUUUGUAAGUUUCUUUGCGUGCACACACAGGUGCAAUUUAUUCGAAGAUCAACAAAAAAAUAGCAGCGAAAAGAAAUCAGCGCGAUCGCAUGUGACGACAUACACGCAGCGCGAUCGCCAUGUGUGUGCAAUCUCAGUGCAAGCAAGCAUAAGUAGCAGAAGAACAGACAGUACAAUAACAAAAAAAAAUACAAUAAGAAUGAGCUCCGAUCAUCUGUUGCAUUUCACAGCCAAAGCAAAAGAACAAAAGUUAUCAAAAAGUCACAAAGAUCGACGUCGUCGACCGCGACAGACUGGCGACAGUAGCGUCACACACAAGUCAAGUGGUGCUGAUUGCACUGUACAGUGAGUACUCGUACAGUGUGAAGAAGACCCAGCCAAAGCAGAUGAAGAAGAAGAAGUAAUUGAGCCCGUAGAUAGUAGCUAAAAAGUGUCUGCACAGACACUACAGCAACACAAGACCCACAAGUAAACUCCGUUUUGGUCUGACAGUCCAAGUGGCUGCGCGUCUGACCAAACGUCUCUGCCGCCGCGUUCAAUUAACCCGCCCGCUGAACGGUCAUGCCUCAGCGUCUGUCCGUUUGACUGUCGUUGUGUCUGCGCGACGGAGUCUUAAAUCUUUUUUCAUGCUGUUGUAUUUUUUUAUUUUUCUUUAUGUUUGCUUUGGGUUAUUGUCUCCACUGUCCGGGUAGUCAGUCGUUGCGGCUGUGGGCCACACACUUACCAGUCACACCAGCGCUAGCAUAAAGUCAGACUCGUUUGCCGUAGUUGUUGGUGUUCUUUUGCACUUAAGCGCUGGUGUUUUUGUUGUUUUUUUUCACAUUUUGUAAUUGUCUGCUUUUCCCAGUUGUAUUAUGUAUGUAUGUAUGUUGAGCAUAGCUGUUAUUCAGCAUCUUGUUACACAUGUGUUGUUAUUGUUAUCAUCAUUGACGACCAUGUCCACGUCUCCGACCGAGAAGACUGAGACCACGACGCACUAUCAGUACACUUGUGUGUUGUUGUAUGGGGACUGCGUCGCUAUCGGUAUAAAUGUUGCUGCUGCCGACAGCGACCUCAAGCGGCGCACAUAUGUUUGUCUGUACGCGCUCUGUACUCCGUAGUCUCGCUGCCGCGCAGCUUGGUACUCGUUAGCGUCGACGUUAACGCCUCAGCGUUCACUACAGCGGCGCAUGCAUUUAUUAUUAUUGUGCUGUGUGUUUUGUGUGAAUCAAAUAGAAAAUAUUUCAGUUUAAGCGUAACGUUGCAUACGUCAAGAUCGCGCGAUUCCGUAUGCUAAGUGUGAGACAAAUAUUUAGAUACAUACUAGUAAGUAGCUAGCUAGUUAGUUAGAGCGAUCGUGUGUGUGCAUUUAGAAAAAUAAUUGUUUAAGGCAAUCGACUGCGCGCUUGAAUUGGCGGCUUGGAAUUUUCAAAAUUGUAUCGCCGUCGCAGGAAAUGUGUAUUAAUUUCGUAACGUACGCCUUAAUGCCGUAACAAGUGUAGUGAUCGCGCGCGAAGAUCGCUUUGUGAAAUUAUAAAUUCUGUAAAAUAUUUAGAUUUAAGUGUAUAUUCGAACGGAAAAUGCAAUGAAAUUGGAAGUGAAAUGUGUGAAUUUCAAAGAAAAAUUACAAAAUUUAUAAAUGAAAAUAUCUUUUAUAAAUUUUAGUAUUCAUAAAUCAACAGCGAGCGCUUUGAAGUGCAAUUUUGUAGCGCGCAAAGCAUACAAAUAGUGUAAAAAGUAUAAAAUAUAGUUGUAUGUUGAAUAUGUGUUGAGUGACACGAUCAGCUGCCAAGUGAAUUUAAGUUGAUUUUGAAAAAUUUAAUUGAAGUCUUUCAAAUUGUAAGCAACACAAAUACAAAGAUACUAAUAAGGAAGUGUUACAUACUAAAAAGAUAAUAGAUAAAGCGAUCAAGAAAUGAUCCACGAUCUCAUUCUAAUAGAUAAAGUGAUCCACGAUAUCAAGUGAAAACCUUCCAAUAGAUAAAGUGCUCCUUGAUAUCUUCCCAAUCGUAAAAGUGAACGACAAGUGAUCUACAAGUGAUCCCCCGUCUUAGGCGACUCCCUUCUUAUAAAAAACUGAUCUGCAAGUGAUCGGGAAGUGAUCCUCGAUCUUAAGUAAAACCCUUCUAACUGAUAAAGUGACCAACAAGCGAUCCUCGAUCUCAUCGCUAUAGAAAACGUGAUCUGCUAGUGAUCCUCGAUGUCCUAUAAAAGAUUUCUAAUAGAAAAAAUUAUCGGCAAGUGAUCUUCGAUUUUAGAUGAAGGGUUCUAAUUGAUAAUGUGAUCUGCAAGUGAUCUACAAGUGAUCCUCAAACUCAACCUAGUAGAAAAAGGGAUCUGUCAGUGAUCUUCUCUCCCAAAAGAACCACUCAAAUUGUGAUUAAACCGGCGAACAAAUUCGUUACUCAUCAAAACAAGAGUACCCAUAGAGAUUCAUAACUGUGUCGCCGUGUUUAAUUGAGUUCCACGAAACAGUUGUGAGAGUUCAAAAGCAAAUAAAACCAAAAUCAGUAGAAGACGACGAGAAUAAUACAAAACGGUUACAAAAAAAAAAAACAAAAACCAAAGUGAUCAUAAAGAUACUUGAAGAAAAAGGUCGAGGAAUACCCUACCAAUACAUUGCACUUCGCUAACUGUGUGAGUGUGUCUUAAACGAAGACACUUGAGUUACACAAAAAGAACAGUGACGACGACGACGACGACGUCAACAGCGGCGACACAUUGUCCGACGUUCAAGUACAUGGCAAGCAAAUAAGAGCAACAACAACAACAACUGGGAGCGCCUCCAGGAAGCAACAGACAACUGUGUGCAAAAUGCAAUAACAACAACAACAAGCGUACGAAUUACAAUAACAGCAGCAAAGUCAUUAAUAAACAAGCGCCGUACGUGCAUGCCGUAGACACUAAUAAUAAAAAUAAAGUAUUUAAAAGAUACCAACAGACACACACAGAUACAUACACACAUAUAUGCAACUGCGUGUGUGUGGACCCAAUCCAAAGCGGUCACAAGCUGAGUGAGUGCCAAGAGGCGACACAAGAUCAGCGAGCAAGCAAGCAAGAACCUGAAAAGGAAGUCGCAACAACACACACACACACACACACACUUAAAACAACUUGAGCUAAAUAGUUGCAUAUCAUUGGUGUUGUUGUUGUUGGCGGUAUAAGGUUGUUGUAGCUCUAGUCUAUUGGUAAACAGCAUGAAAUAUUCGUGGCAUUAAAGACACGGCGCCAGCAUACCUGCCAAUGUCUAUGGAUGUCUGUGGAAGCCAAGAGUCGCCGACGCGGCACUUACCGUUGUGCGAGACGAAGCAAUUUGGCGUUGUUGUUGUUGUAGCAGAAUGUUAAGCGUAGCACAGGCAGACAGUUUCAGCAAGGCAAGCUAGCUACUGACAAGAUCGUACAACAAGUCUACAUACUAACUGCAGAUUGAAUACGUCACGUCGCUACGGGUCAAUAACAACAACAACUGCAAUAAGCACACAACAACAACAAUAACAAUAAUAGCAAAGCAAUAAAACUUACCACACGCUGGCUGUGAGCAGUUAAAACAAGCGUGAAUUGGCAAAGAGAGAAAAUUGCAGUGCAGAGCUGGAAACAACAACAACAAGUACUACAAAGCGUUUAAAUACGAAAAUAGCCGUACAACAACCGAGUUAAGGCUAAGGCGAUUCAACACGCUUCAACACUGCAUGAUCCCGGCGGCACAACGCAAUCACGCCAAACGCAACAGCAACAACAAAAUCACAGCAGCAGCAAUAUGGAAGCUGCCACAACAACAACUACAACAACAAAACACUAUAACAAAACAACAAAAUUACAAAACAAUCAUCAUCGUUCGACAGAACGACGCGGCACAUAUCGCACGCAAGGCGGCGACACGCAAGCAAAUGCCAGCAAUAACGUCAAAGUGCCGAAACAAACAGCCAAACAGGCCAAAGCUGCAGCAGCAGCUGCACAACGCGCCGCAGCGCUGGCUGUUUACAGUACUGCAGAGACAGUAGAGAGCGGCAGCAAUGGCAAAGCCAAGGAUCCGCUCGCGAUUGGCAAUGAAACGGCGGUAACGCAUGGCAACAGCAAAUCGGCGCGCGCCAGGGAAGCUAGAGGAGAGCAAAAGACUGUUGGAAAAUCGGAAACAGCCACAACAAAUGUUAAUAACAACAACAACAAUACAACCACCGCCACUAGCAGUAGCAGCAGCAACAACAAACACAGUGAUACUAGUAAUAGUAGUUUAAGUAAAAAUAAUUUUACCAUAAGUCCAAAUGAGUUGGCGCGCAAAAGUGACAAAUCACAACAGCAGCCGCAACAACAACAACAAAAUGUCAACAACAAUAGUAGUGAUAUGAAAGCGGCAACAGUCGCUAAAACCGCGGAGACAGCAACAGGCGCAGCGCCUGCCACCGCAGCCGAGCCGAAUACCUGGAAUAACGCGCGGUAUCUGCACAAAAAGUUCAAACGGCUUGCCAGCACCACCGACGUGGACAGCCUGGUGGCCGACAACCAGAGCGUCAAUGCCGCAGGCAGCAGCGCGAGUAGUGAGGCUGGCAGUGAGGCAGCGCCAACGCGCACCACUUCGCUGUCUUCAGCGGCGUCGACGAGCUCGAUAUCACCGCCGCCGGCAACAACACCAACAGUGAUGGCAAACGCGCAAAAUGCUGCGCCACCUGCUGCCGGUUAUGUACAAAGUGCCAUUGGCGCGUUGCCGUUGACAAAUGGUCACGUGCAUGCGGCGGCGGCAGCGGUUGUUGCAACCAACGAACCAUCAAAUUACAAUAACAAUACCAAUAAUGUUAAAUACAGUGUUGUACCACCUAAUGCAGAGAGCAAUAACAAUAACAAUGAAAGCAUAAGUGCAGCGCAGCAGCUGGAGGCUGAGCAAAUACCGCAAACUUUGUCGCAUAUUUAUGAGAAUCAACAGAGCCAGCAGAAUAGUGGCAGCAAUAGUAAUGCCAGCACAGCUUCCGCCAACUCAGGACGCUAUGUGUGUCCCUACUGCAAUUUGAAUUGUACAAAACCGUCGGUGCUGCAGAAGCAUAUACGCGCACACACCAACGAGCGUCCGUACCCGUGUGACAUUUGCGGCAUAGCAUUCAAGACGAACAGCAAUUAUUACAAGCAUUGCCGUUCGCGUUCACACGCGGCGCGGAAACGUGGCAUCGCGGUGCCCAUAAGCGCGGACGAUGGUCUCUUCGGCGGCUCCGAUCAGGAGGGCGAUCCGGAGCUGAGCAACAGCAGUUCGGAUGUGAUAAGCCGCACCGCUUCGCCACUAGAAGAUCUAAGCACCGCUUCGUCCCCGGUGGUGGCGAACACAACUGCGUCAACAAACACUCUCAGCCCGCAACAGUUGCAACAACUGCAACAGCAACAGCAGAAACAGACGCAAUUGCAACAGCAACAACAAAUUGUUUUGGCCAUACAACAACAGCAGCAGCAGCAACAACAACAGCUGCAGCAUCAAGCAAGCGCUGCGCACUCUCCACACAUGACGCUGCCUUCGACACCCUCACCCUCUUCACUGUCAUCAGCGAAAAGCGCCUACUUGCAACAGCCCGCGCAGCAACAACCACAACAAUUACCGCUCGGCUCCCCUGCAGCAGGCACAUUGCCACCACCACAGCCGACAACGUCAAACGCCACCACAAUUACUGCCGUUACAACGACGCCCAAGCAGGGCACCGCCACCGAAUAUAAACCGUAUAAACCUAAAUUCCACAAUGCCGCUUUGUAUGCGACGACAAAAGAAGCAGCAGCUGCUGCGGCCGCCGUAGCCGCUGGCAUGCCACCAGGUCUACUGCAACCAUUACCGCUGCAGCAGUCGCCACAGCAGCAAUUGGCACACGCGCCGCCGCCACAUAGCAUGUCACCUGCCACACACUUGGCUAUGCUGUCACAAGCCCAAGCGCCGCCGCCCCCUAACGCGUCGCACCAUCCAUCGCUUUCGCCCAGCACGCAGGUGAAGCUCAACAAUCACAUCAACACACAUCAGUUACAGUUGCAAUUGCAACAACAGCAGCAACAACCGCAAGCUCUUCACGUGCUACCACCGCCAUUAAAUGCGGGCAUUCCGCUACAUCAUGUGGCGGCCAUGUCACCGAAGAGUGGCGCUCCGCGCCCAGACUUGGCAGCUGUUGCCGCCGCAAAUAUGGGUUAUUUGCCGGGUGCGCGCAUGCUCUACUCGGGCGCUAUUGAAUUUCCACCUGAAGUGCUGCGUAUGAUGACAGCAGAUAAACAUCAAAAGAUACAAUAUCCAUAUAAGUGGCUUGAGCAAGAACUGCAACAACAAUUUCACAAACUGAGUCAGCAGCAACAGCAACAACAGUUGCAGCACUUGCAAUCACAGCUGACAGCACAUGCGCCACCUGCGCCAACAACAGUACUAAAACCAACCGCUACACUGCCGGUGCAUGCGCGCGCGACGAGCGGCGGAAGUGGGCAACACACAAGCGCAGCGGCGGCAGCAGGUAUGCAGCAAAUGUCUGCGUCAGCGCCAUUACCAGCAGCGCAACAAACGCCAAUGCAAUAUUUUGCCAACAGUCUCACCGGUGGUAUGGUGAGCGCCGCUAGCAGCGCCACCAGCAACACCACAGCCUCCAUCAGCACCGGCCUCUUGCAUAGUAACAUCUCCAAUGCGGCGGCCAGUGGCACGAACAAAGUUGCCGAUCUGGUGCAGGAACACAUUACCAAGUUGAUCUCUCAGAAUGAGGCGAUUGUGGAGAAUAAAGCGGUGCUUUUGCAGAAGAAGUACCCGAAGGGUCUAAACCGGUCGCGCAGUUUUAAUAAUAAUGGCAGUGGCAACAACAUUGGCCCGGCAGCCACUUCAGCGGGUAAUCCGAGUGGAAGCAAUGUUAAUCUGGUUGCCACUACAGCGGUGGGCAGCGAUAACGCCACCAACGCGCGGCUAGCGCAAGCUAUUGUACAGAAACAGCAACAACAACAGUUACAACAACAAUUGCAGCAACAACAGCACUAUCAACAGCAAUUCCAGCAACAGCUAAUGGCUGGCUCACAAGCAAUGCAAAUGCCACCGCCCUCGCAGCAGCAGCAGCAACAGCAACAACAACAUAUUGCACAGCUACGUCUAGAGGAACAACAUCAGCAGCACCAGCUGCAACUGCAACAACAACAGCAGCAGCACAUGCAGCCAAACGGUAUUUCAAAGCAUCUUAUGCCGACGUCGGUCGCUUCAAAGUCCAGCAGCAUUGCAGCGCCGGUGUCACAACAUUUACAAACUUUGCAUCAGCCACAGCAUCCAACCACAUCCGCAUCCGCUUACAGACAGCAACAGCUAACAAUUGCGCCUCCAUUAGAAAACCAACGUCCCACACCGUCGCCUACAAGCGCCCAAACCAAUGCCAACGCAAUGCAGAAGGACCUCAUAAACUCCAUGCAACAGCUAAGCGCGGUCAACUCAAAUGCGUUGCCAUUAAACUUGUCCGCAAAGCCGAAGCCACGUCAGGAAGAACAAAGCGAAGCCAUUCCAUCAAGUAACUUAAACACUACGCGCAGCAGUACGCCACGCAAGCGCCAGUCCAUUGAAAACCAGAUAUCCAAUUCCAGCAAUGAUGGCUCCACCAAUAGUUCGAUGGUUACAGCGCCGCCAGCUGCUAAUAGCGGCUCGACCAAUGCCAAACAGCCGACGAAUGUCUCCAUAAUUAAGAAUUUGCUGUUGAAUGCACGCGGUUUGGCAGUGCCAACUGGCGAAGGUGAGGAUGCCGUUUACAAUUGUCCACUUUGCGCGAAUACUUUCCGCACGGCAGAGGAUUUGCAGCUGCACAACAGCACUUACUGUCAAGGUGCGUCAAGCGCGCCCAUCAGUCCAGCAUCAUCGCCUUCAUUACAUUACUUCCGUUCGAAUUCGAUGACAUUGAAUCUGCCCGAGCUGAAGAACACCAUCAUGCGUUCAAAUGAUCCACUGCCACUCGCUAAACUGGCUUGGUAUCAGCUGCCCACCAAGCCAAGUUCGUUGGUAUUAAGUCGAUUGAGCGCAUCGCAGGCUGGCCGUUCAAAGGCUACCACAACCACGACCACUUCGGCAACAUCUACAGCACCGACUAGUUCCACGAGUAGUAACAGCGUGGCCAAUUGUGUUGCUUCACCUAGAAGUACGCCACCUAAUGGCCCACCAACCCAUUUGACCUUGCCCGAUCCGAAUAUUGUGCGCUUAGUCGACGCACCACUGCCAUCGCCCGGUCCGCUCUUGGGCAAAACACCACUUGUGGACUUUGGUAACACCAGCGAGACUCGCAAAUCGUCUGAAGAUGUGAUCAUAACUAAAAUGCACGAAGAUCGUCAAAUCGAGCCACACACACCCGCGAAACGGUCUAAACUGGCUGCGGAUAACAGCGAGCCGUUUCAGUUGAAUCCAGUACCCACGUCGAGCAAACGCUUGACUAUCAACAACAUCAGCGGUGGCGAUAUCCAGCUUCUGCCCAAUAGCAGUACUAGCGAUCUCAGCAAAAAGGAGGAACGCAUGCGUCGCCUCACUUCCUCCGGCGGCAGUAUAAUACCACUCUCUGAGUGCAGUGAUGUAGAUAAGAGUACGAAAAUGAUACGCACAUCGUUGCUUUCGGGCGGUAGUUUUCAGGAAGUCUCACCCAAACCAAAGGAUAAGGAGAACAAAAGUAGCAUUGCAUUACCCUUCCCUAAUAGUAAUGUUUUCGCGCCCAAAUUAAGUUUGGCUGGUCUCGGUUUGCCCACAAAUGGGCCGCAGCAUUUUCAUCAGUUUUCCAUCAAUCCCAUAACAGCAUUCAAUCCGUUAACACUGCCGCCUUUGCAGAGUAUGAGCGGUAGUGGUGAGAAAUUUAUACCACAUGUGCCCGGUAUACCAGGUCCAAAUAGUCUAACACCCCUACCACCACCACCGCAACAACUACAGUUGCCUCAACCAACACCACAAAUGUUAACCGCUGGACGUUCACUAAGUCCGAACCGCAAGAAAUCACAAAGUCCACUCCUACUUGCGAACAGUGUUAGUCCAAAGUCGCUGGCACUACCACCACAGGAAAAUCUCAAAUCUUCAUCACCGUUCCGUGGCGCGCAAAAUAUGCCCGCUGAGUUGGAACGUGCAACAAGCAUGCGUGUGGCACGCAACUGGAGUCAGCAAGUUGCUACAAACUCAUCGAACAAGCCAAGUAGUUUGGAAGUGCCGAAGAAGCCAUUCAAUUUCACACGCAUGGCAGACAAUAUUAGUCCGCGCAAGAGCGGUGGUGUCAAUGUGCCCAAAAGUUCACCGCCAGAGAAUGAAGUGCGUCACUUCAACUUCGAUCAUUUAACUAAGGAUGUGGACGCCGGUGCCAACUGCGCAUCGACUAGCUCAGCACUCACACCCUUACAUGUCGAUAUUAGCGCCAGUGGAGCGGGCGCUUCUGGCAACAGCAACGGCUCGGAACCCACUGAUGCCGAGACGAAAAAAUCUAAAUUUCUGCGACCGACCAGUCUGCCACUUAAACCUGGCACAUUUACACCCAAGCGACAUCACGGCAUCACACCAAAUGCCAACACACUGCCACUUAUUUCGCCAGAGACUCCACGCCAAUCCAAGUCCUGCGUACAACUAUAUCUGAAUGGUCAUGCCUACACAUAUUUGGGACUCAAAUGUAGCACAAAAAUGUUUUACUGUACCGUGAACUGUCCGCAGGCCUCGUAUGUGGCGGGCGCACAAAAGCUCUCCAUGUACAGCGUGUGGAAAGUGUGUGCGGAAAACAAUCCACAUCCGUUGGGCUUUAAACCAAAGUUGGUGAUGUCGUUGUAUGAUUCACGCCAAAAGAGCUCUACCAGCACCAUGGCCGGCAUGAAUAAGUUGCCCUACACUUUGGUUGUCUCCCAGCAGACUGUGAUGACACCCUUCGAGAACAAUAAGGGUCAGUACCAGCACCAUCAGUUGAAGCAAAUCACGCUCAACACCAACACCUCGGAGAGUGUUGAACAGUUGAAGAAGGCUAGCGCCGGUAGUAGCGGUAGCAGCAGUGGUAGCAGCGGCAGCGCGGAGGGUGGCAGCAAGAAGGAGUCGUCGGCUAGUCAAAUGUUAGUGGGCGGCUACGAAUCGCACGAGGAUUACACCUACAUACGUGGGCGUGGACGUGGCCGAUAUGUCUGUUCAGAGUGCGGUAUUAGAUGUAAGAAACCGUCGAUGUUGAAGAAACACAUACGCACACACACGGAUGUGCGACCAUAUACUUGCAAACAUUGCAAUUUCAGCUUCAAAACAAAAGGCAAUCUCACAAAGCACAUGCAGUCGAAGACGCAUUUCAAGAAAUGUCUAGAGCUCGGCAUUAACCCCGGUCCAAUGCCGGCUGAUGGUGAAUUCCUCGAACCGGAACCAGAGUUCGACCAACAAUCGCAAACUUCGGCUGGUGGACGCACGUCGUCCAUACCAGGCGAAUCGGAUUCGGACGAUUAUAGUGACAAUGAGUCCGAAAGCAGUGGUAGGCAUACCGACGAGUCGAAGUCGCGCCUGCUGGAGCAUGAGGCAGCACGUUGCUUGCUUUCACUCUCAAUGACGCCACCGAUCGGUCAAAGCAUUUCGCCACAUCCAAAAAGUGAACCAUACCCAUAUCAGCAGCAUGGCGAACGCAUGGAAUCAGCCGCCAUGUCAUUUGUAGGACAGACAAGCGCACCAACAACAGCAGUCACCACAACAAAUUCGUCAACUGCCAGCACACAUCCCACCGGCAUUAAACGUGUCAUAUCAUUCAGUUCACCCAAACCACCAUUCGAUUAUCAGAAGCAAGAACAAUACUACUCCAAUCCCGAGGAAUCUAAACCGAAACCCAAUAAUAGCGCCGCUGCAGCAAGUUAUGAGAGUGCGCCCAUAGAUCUCACCAAGCCACGUGCUGCCGUAAAUGUCACAACUACGUCAGUGACUGCCACCACAGCUGCAGUGCAGUUGAGCAGCGUUGCAUUGAUGGAAGAGUACAGCGCCAGCUCAGCAGUGCCACUAAGCGGGCCACCGGUACAAACGCAAGCGCAAAUACGUGACGUAAUAUUCGGUAGUAGCACCAAUGAAUCGGGCUUUCUGAAAACACUCAUAUCGGUGUCGGACAAGGUGCGCAGCUCUACUGAGACCCUUGAGAAUUACAAGAACGGCGAUGAACUGUCACAAGCCUAUCAGUACCACAAGGCAUUCCAAUAUCAUAAAAUCAAACAAAUCCAAAUGAAUCAGAGCUUUCCCGAUGCCAUCAAUGUGAAUGCUAUCAAUCAAAAUCUGGCAAGCACCACAAACAUGAGUACUGUGAGUGUAGCGGGUGCUGGAGGUAGCUCAGCGCUAACAACAACAGCGACUGCGAGCAGUGGUGUGCGUAUCUCAGAGAGCAUAGCCGCGACAGUGGUAGCUAACGACCAAGCUACAGAUGUCAUAGACGUCGUGAACGUGAGCGCAUCAAAUAAAACCGGAACCAGCAUCUCUAAUAAAGUAGAGAAGGAGAAGAGCGCAACGGAGUUGCAAGUACCUACAAUCGAGGUCAAUGCAGUACCAGCGGAAGAACCAAAGAACGAGCAAACAACGGCUUCAGCUGCUGCGGCAGCAACAGCAGCAAGCAAUCAUAAAGUUAAUGUGUCGGCCAGCAGUGCCGGCAACCAUAAAAUAUUGCCCACAAAGUCCAACGCACCUGCGCCCAGUAAGUCAUCCGACGAAGGAGAAGACAGUGAGUGUAUUUCCGAUCAGGAGCAGUCGGCUGUUGGUCCUACCGCCAAACGCAGCCGAAGCAUUAGCAAUUCGGCCACCAACAACAACACAACAAACGUAGAGCCACAUAAUGCUAAAUUGCCUGCGGUCGUGGCACAACCUGGAACUACCGAUUUCACAGGCGUGCUUUCCGCACCAGGACGUACAGUUGUUGUGGGCGAAGAUGGUCUAAAGAAAUCCGGUAAUAAUGAAAUUCAACCCGUCUAUCCGCGCGUACGCAUGUCACCUGACGGACGGCCAGUUUGUAAAGUUUGCACUAAAACCUUCCAAACUCAAGGACAAUUGACCUUACACAUGAAUAUACAUUACAUGGAGCGCAAAUUCCGCUGUGAGCCAUGCGGUGUAUCUUUCCGCACACAAGGGCAUCUGCAGAAACAUGAACGCGCCGAAGCGCAUAAGAACAAAGUCAUGAUGACAUCGACCUUCGGUGUGCCAACGACCUCAAAUCCACGUCCCUUCGAGUGCACCGACUGCAAAAUCGCUUUCCGCAUACACGGACAUCUCGCCAAACAUUUGCGCUCGAAGACGCACGUACAAAAAUUGGAAUGCCUACAGAAAUUGCCGUUCGGCACCUACGCCGAGAUCGAAAGAGCAGGCAUUAGUCUGACGGAGAUCGAUACUAGCGACUGUGAGAACUCGCUUAUCUCGCUGAAAACACUGGCGCAGAAGCUCAUCGAAAAGGAUCCCAACAAAUUGGGCAGCUACACAACACCAUCGGGCAUGAAUCUUGGCAGUGGUCUGAGUGGUGGCAGCGGUGCUAUGGGCGAUUCAGCUACCAAUCACAAUGCUCUUGUAUCGCAAGAUAGCGCUUCCGAGGACGAUUUCAGCGCCGCUACAAUCGCAGCGGCCACUGCUAUUGCAUCGCUGGACAACGAUAGCGCUACGAACACACCGAAACGCACCAACUCGACCUCGGAAGAUGAAGCCAUCGUAAGCGGUUUGAAUAAUAAUCUCAAACGUCGGCUGCCUGGCAACUUUAGCAACGGUGAAGAGAGCGACAAUCCCACCGAGAGCGCUGGCAGCGAGAAACGCGCGCGUGUCUCCUCACUCUCCAGCGUCGGUGCGGCCAGCGCCACCGCUGCGGUCGGCUCACCCGCAUCGAUGAGCUCAUCGAAUGCCUCGUCGAAUAACUGACGUUAUGCCUAUGCGCCGCCGAGCGGAUGAAUAAGGGAUGGUAUGUCACACCACAGCGCCGCAGCCAGCCAACGGUCACCAGCCGCCGCGCAAUGGUCAACGCCUGCCUUACAAUGCAACAGUUAUCACAAUGGCAGCAAUAGCGGCUGGGCAAGCAGUGGUGGUGUUGGUGGUUUGGAGCAAAAACAAUUUCACUUGCAGUUGCAAUAUCAGCCGCAACAUGCGUUAGAAACACAAUUCGCUCUGCCACAUUUGAUGCAUAGGAAGUACUAGCGUGUUGUUGUUAAGUUGUAACGUCUAACAAGUGAUAUGUACAUAUAGGUAUAUAUAUAUAUAUUUUAUAAGAUAUAUCUAGAUAUUUGUUUAAAAAUAUAUUAUGUUAAGCGGUAAAUGAUAACGGCAGUUGUGCCCAUUAAAAAACUAGUUUUGAAGAGUUCCGAAACAGACAGCGCAUAUCCUGUACUACAUAUCGUAUGUAUACAACAGUUAUUCACAUAACGGACACACAUUUUUACAACAACAAUUUCAUUUUUUUUUACAUAGCGGGCAACAAAUUUGAGGUUAUACAUAUAUCACUUUGAAACAGAAAAUAUCCAAAUACACAGUUUGAAAAUGUGAGAAAUAUCAAAAAAUAUACAAAAGAAAAUAUAAAAAUCUGCAUUUGGGCGCAGCUGUCGUUAUUUGCUAGCUUAGCAUUAAAUUGUGGCUACUCUAUAGAGUUGGCUUAUACUUAGAAUUAACAUAUUUAUAGUUAAAAACAAGCAGGUUGUGCGCUGAAAUGAAAGAAAAUAAGUUUGUGGGUAAAAUAUUAAUUAAAAAAAUAGUAAAAUAAUUUUGAAAAAAUAUUAAAAUUUUUUUGAAAAUUGGAAAAAAUUAAAAAUUUAGUUAUUUACAGUAAAAAAAUACAAUAACUAAUUUUUUUUUUGAAAAAUGUUUUCGAAAACAUUUUUUUUUUCAAGUUUAUUUUAUUAUCGUUUUUACACCCAAAACUUAUUCGCUUUCUCAUCGCACAUAACCUGCAAAACAAUAUCAGCGUUCAGUGUUGUUGUAUUUCACGAUAGCAACAACAGUGUAAACAUUAAAAUGUACACAAAAACAACAAACAAAAAACUUAACUAGGGAAUUCAAAUAAAAUACAAAAAUAUCCAGUCAGACAUAUGGUAUUUCAAAAGAAAACAAACAAACUCACACACUAUAUACAUAUAUAUAUGUAGUAUAUACACACAUUUAGAGCCUCUAAAAUCUACAACUAUACAUUCUAAAUGGAAUUAUCUUUGAUUUCAUAUACAAAAUUCGAUAUACACACGCUUGUAUAUUAAAAAAAAAAAUACAAAAAUACACAAAAUCCUCAAUCUACACCUAAACAUAUACACAACUGUUCUACCCACUAUCACUUUACUCUAA